AUGAUGAUCUUAACAGCGCUGUGCUUGUGGUCCUUUUUUCAAGUGUACGGCAGAUGGCCGAUUCCUAACGCGCACCCGCCGCCGGCGGGGGAUCAGCGGGUCCAGCGGCUGGCUACCCGCGCUUCCAUCGCACUCGCCGCUGCGGCUACACUCUUCCUCCUGUACCUCGUCCGGCACGCCUCCACCCCCUGCUUCCCCGCGUCCCACACCAUCCCCCUCUCUCUCUUCCCCCGCAACUCCUGCGACGCCGCCUCCCGCCGCGUCCUCCCCCCGGACCGUCGGCUCGCAAAGCUCCGCUCAUCCUCUCGCUGGCGCCGCCGCUCCACUGCGCUAGCUUCCUCUGUAUUCCCCCCGCUACACGGCCUCCGCCUCCUGGCCAACUCCUCCCGCGUCCUCUGCCUCGCCGCCGGAGCCGGCAACGCCGUCGACGCGCUCCACGCAGCGGGAGUAAGCGAAGUGACCGGGAUCGACCUCGUGGACUUCCCGCCGCUCGUCCGUCGCGCAGACCCCCAUCGCCUCCCCUUCUCUGACGGUGCCUUCGAUCUCAUCUUCUCUGACGACCCGGCGGGGAUCUCCGGUGCGCUCUUCCCGGCUCGCGUCGCCGCGGAGGCCGAGCGCGCUGUCCGCCACGGAGGCGCCAUCGCCCUCGCCGUCGACUGGCAGCAGGACCCCGCCGCCGUCCCCGCGCUCUUCAGGAGGUCGCGCGUCGUGGAUACCAGGGCUGUCACCUUGGAUGGCUCCCAGGUCAGGUUGCUAAUUUUUCAGAGUAAUGGCACCACCCACCCGCGAUGA